UCCUUUUUUUUCUUAUGCCAAAAUCAAUUUGUCACGUUUCAGAUAUUUCCUUUAUUGGGUUUUCUUUAAAAUUUUGAUCUUUGGUAUUUUUCUGUUCAAUAAUAAACACUUUCAUUCAAAACCUUUCUGUUGUUUCAUAAAGGAGAAAACUUUUACUUUCCUCUCCAAAAAAAAAUCUCUCUUAAUACUUUCAUCCUUUCCAUUAGUACCCUUUAUUUAUUUUUAUUGGUUGACAUGCAUUCAUCAUCAUUAGUACUUAUAAAAGUUAUUCAUGCACUUAAAUUAUCAUUAGGUUUUGAAAGCUGAAUUAGAGAAAGGGUUCAUUAUAAAGUUUUUGAGUUUGUAUUGGUGUGAAGAUAUGGGAGAUCACUUUGUAUUGUUGGUGGAUCGAUUACUUACUGAAUCAACAUUAGAAGCUGCAAUUGAGAGCAGAAACCGAUCAAUCCAAGCAGCCAAGUCUGCGGCCGCCGCAGCUGAUGAUUCCUCCAAGAAAGUGGAUUUUGGAGACAUAUCAUCUCCAAGAAAAUUAGUUGAGUGCAAGAUAUGCCAUGAUGAAGAUAGAGAUUCAAACAUGGAGACACCCUGCUCUUGUUCUGGUAGCUUGAAGUACGCUCAUAGGAGUUGUGUACAGAGAUGGUGCAACGAAAAGGGUGACACAAUCUGCGAGAUAUGUCAUCAGCAAUUCAAGCCUGGUUACACAGUUCCUCCACCGUUGUUUCAAUUUGGUCGUAUUCCAAUGCAUUUCAGGGGAAACUGGGAGAUUACAAGAAGGGACAUAAACAGUCCUCGGAUUAUAGCAAUGGUUUCUUCCUCUGAACGAAAUUUCCUUGACCCUGAGUUUGAUGAUUAUUCUGCUUCCAGUACAAGAAGCCUCACAUGCUGUCGUACAAUGGCUGUCAUUUUCAUGAUACUUCUGAUUCUAAGGCAUACUCUUCCUUUAAUAAUCAAUGGGAAAAAUGACUACUCUUUCCCAUUAAUUAUGUUGCUAUUUCUAAGAACUAUUGGGAUUGUGCUGCCAAUUUAUGUCAUGGUGAGGGCUGUGAGUGCCAUCCAUCAGCGCCGACGUCGUAGCCAACAGGUCCUUCCCAUUUCAUCACCUGAUACAUUGUCUGAUGGAGAAAAUGAAGAUUUAGAAAUGCAGCGUCUGCCCCAUAUCAUUCAAGUGAACUGACUUGAGAACUGAACCCAAGACAGCAAAGAAUAGGGUGUUUGGUUGAUACUAAAGGAAAACAUUCAAAAAGGGCAAAAGAGUUGCUUAAAGCAAAUGCUCUUUGAAUCAAACAGUAUGGUUUAUGGAAGAAUAGGCUCUACUUCUGGAAACAACUGUUUUAGAUGUGUUUCAGAUAUGUAAAAGAUGGUGCAAUUUUUAAUUUGACUCAAGUCACAUUUGUACAGUUGAAAAAGAAUCACAGUACUUUAGUACAUACAAAGAUAAUACCAGGAAACUCAGAGCAAGAGCAAGCCAUCAGUGAUGGAUAUGUAUAAUUAGCUCUCUUCUGAUGUAAAUAACUCGACUUGUAAUUAUUGCCAAGUUCUUAUGUUCAUACUUAAUACAGUUCCCUAGAACAAUUAAAUUCUUAGUUUUA